AAGAUAAAGACUGUAGGAAAUGAGGAGUUUCUUUGUCUAAUCUUCAAUGUGCUUAUUUAUAUUCUUGUUGAGAUUUUCUCUCAGGAACCAAGAGCGAGUAGAUUACGAGAGCACUAGUAAUUACAUGCAAUAUAUAAGUACAAAAAAAAAAUGCCAUUCAAAGGCAAAGUAGCGAUUGUGACUGGUGGUGCUCGUGGAAUAGGGAGAGCAUAUUCUACAGCACUUUUAAAUGAAGGAGGCAAAGUUUGCGUCUGUGACAUUAAUGAAGACAUUGCAGAAGAAUUUCUUAGUGGUUUGCCUGAAGACGUAAAAGGAAAUGCUAUUUUUCAAAAGUGCGAUGUGACUGUAUACAAUGAUUUGAAAGAUGCUUUUGACAUAGCUGUUAGAAAUUUUGGACGACUUGAUCUGGUAGUCAACAAUGCCGCAAUACUUGAUGAAAGCAAAAUGGUGAAAACUAUUGAAGUCAAUUUUAUAGCAGUCGCCAAAAGUAUCCACCUUGCUUACCAAUACAUGGGUUUGGAUAAAGGAGGAAAAGGCGGUUCCAUAGUUAAUACAUCAUCCAUUGCAGGUCACACGGCUAAUCCACUUUGUCCAAUUUAUACUGCAACAAAACAUGCUGUCAUUGGAUUGACUAAGAGCUAUGGGUCCGAUUACCAUUUGAAAAAAAGUGGAAUUAAGAUGUACGCCAUUUGCCCAGGCCAAGUCAACACACCGUUGUGUCAAGAUUUCAUUUAUCGAUGCAUUGACGCAGAAGAAGGAAAGAAAUAUGUGGGAAAACUCCCGUGGACUUCGGUAGAAGAUUUAGGCAAAGGAUUGAUUAAACUGUUAGAGGAUGGCAAAAAUGGAUCUGUAGUACAAAUAGAUGAAAAUGGAUUCAAUUACGUCUAAAGACUACAGAUAUUUUGUAUUCUUUUUACAAUAAAAAUAAUGUACACGAAAAAUGUUU